AUGAAAAAGGUGAAAAUGGAUAUGGGGAGACAAAUUGAAGAGAUUCGGAUGGACAUGGAGCUAAAGAGGACCCAAAUGAUUCUCAUGAGCUGUCUCAUGAUAGAGUUCCUACAGACGUUCAUGCGCCUCUACCCGACUUGCUUCCCUCUACCCACUCCAUGCUCAAUACUGGGUAACGAGAGCUCAAGAAAUGGAACGUCGACAUCAAAUUCCACCUCAUCCGAAAUAAGUUGUUCCCAUAGGAAUCUGUUGUUGCUAAGAAAAUUAUAUUGUCUUUGUUGGAAAAUAUGCCCAGUUAUGGUGGUGUUGAACCUAGAGGGAACCUCCAUU